GAGCCUGUUUAAAUCUACUUUCAGUCUUGCGUGCGUGACAGCAGACGCAUCGGCCAGCCAGUCUACCCUUGGCUUACGAAACAAGGGUUAAUCUUACCUAACAUAGAGUAUGAAAAACUGGGGCAUGCCACUGUCAGCCAAAGAUUACCUGUACAAGCCUCUGUGUUGUUAGUUUUUGUGAGCAGUUUUUUUUUUAAGGAAAGUGUUAUAUAUGAAUCAUGUCUUUCCCACUACUUUGUCAAAUGAGUGUAAGACGCAUCAGCCAACGCGCAAGAGAUGAGAAAACCAGAAAACUACUUAGUCGCAUAAUCAGAGUGGACCAAGCAGGAGAAUUGGGUGCCGAUCGGAUUUAUGCAGGCCAAUUAGCUGUGUUGGGCAGGACCCCUGUUGGACCCAUUAUACAAGAAAUGAAAGAGCAAGAACAGGAACAUCUUGAGACCUUUAACAAGUUGAUAGUAGAGAAGAGAGUGAGACCUACAGCACUCCUCCCUGUUUGGAAUGUCGCAGGAUUUGCCCUGGGUGCAGGAUCAGCUAUGCUUGGCAAAGAGGGAGCUAUGGCAUGCACAGUGGCUGUCGAGUCUGUGAUCGGAGAUCAUUACAACAGCCAGAUUCGAGAUCUAAUGGAGGAUGAUCCAGAGAAACACAAGGAUAUAUUAGAGAAAUUGAGAAAAUUCAGAGAUGACGAACUUCAUCAUCAUGACACUGGUCUAGAACACGAUGCUGAAAAGGCCCCAAUGUAUCAAGCCCUGACGCAGGUUAUAAAGGUUGGAUGUUUGGGAGCCAUUUGGUUAUCAGAGAGGAUAUGAAAUCACAAUCUCAAAGAAUCAUUUUUUUUUUUCAUUAUCAAGAAAUACUAACUUUCUAAUAUUCUCUGUUAAAUUUUGUAACACAUGUCUGAAAAAUUAAAUUGGCAAUAGAAAGUUGUUUCUUGCCAAGGACAAUCUUGUGUACAUCAAAUAUGUAGACAUAUUUCAGCUGAUAAGUUUAUACUACAUGUAUUUUUUUUUUUAGCGUUUUGUAAGUUAUAUUUUGGCAGUCUACAUGUAAUUGAGAAUAAAGUUUUGUUAUUUUCAUUCAUUCAUGUAUAUUACAGUAACAACUGUAAAUAAAAAUAUUGUAUGUCUGA